CUCAGUGUUAUUAGCAUGGGAAAAUAACAUCUGAGAUAUUCCAUCGAUGCAAUAAAAGUAGAAGGAAGCCAAGAGUGGUUUUACGUCGAAAGAAAAGUGAAGUAGCAACUUCAGUGAUAUUCGUGAGGAGUCGAUCGUUGCUUCAUUGCGAUCGGCUAAAUAAAAUGGCUGCAGUAAAAGGUGUCAUUACACUUUGUCUGGUUUUUGGGUUUGCUCUCGACGGCUUUGCGAUUCCUGUUAAAUCGUGGCGCAAAGGUGAGUUUAAAAAAAGUUGCUGAAUUUUUUCCAUGGAAUUAAGGUUAGGAUGUAGUGGUGCUUUUUCUUUGGUCACGUUUCCAGAAACGCAACGCUAUAAUAACCCUCGACUUGUGCAGCCCUCUUGCUCUGGCUUUUUAAAAUUCUUUCGAGGUUCAGCUGAUUUACCGCCGAAAAUAUCGCUAUUUCUUCAAUAUACAACAAUUUGCAUGAUUUGCUCAGAGAGUUGGAAAAUGAAAACGUCUAUCGGCAGAAACAAUACUAAAAUGUUUGUAAAAAUUUUCCUGCUGCUCUAAACUACAAUAUCUGGGACGCCUUUAAAAACUAAGCACACGCCGUUUUUUGAAACAUUUCCAAAGUAAUAUUUUUGAAAAGUUUCGAUUUCAGCCUUUUUACAGCCAAUACUUCCCGAAAUUCUGUAAUGCUGCUAUUGUUUGUUUGCCUUCUUUAUGUCAAGCAUUUUAAUCAACUGUUCUUCAAAAGUCAAAUGGUAAAACAACUUUUUUUUUUCUUAGAAAGAGACGACUCUUCAGAUGAGGACGAAGAAAUAUCGAAUCAUAUCGCCAAAGCUAACAAGGGUUUGUAUGACCGUACCGGAUUAGGACCUGACAAUGUUUACACUGACCAUUUUUAGAACCAGCUUAUUAUAUCUGUGUUUACAGUGGUGAGGGCAAGGAAAGGGAUAACAGUUGAUCAUAUUUAUCGCUGAAAAUUUAUUUUUUUAUUUUUAUUUUUUUUCUGUGAGGUCUAAAUGUUUUUCUCUCUUGUUAUAAAAAUGAACUUGUAACUUUACGAAGUGUGAUGGCAGAGUUUAGUUACACUGAUAUAUGCGCUCUGGGUAAUUUGUUUGGGUAAUCUGAGUUGCGAUUUGUUCGGGAAGGCGCAGUAAUGCAUUCAUAUUCUCCAUACACUUUGAGUAUCACCAUUUGUCGUGGACGCUUUGCAAAGAGGAGCGACUGAACGUACGGUAAAAGUCCCCACAAUAAACAUCGUGCCGCUUUAAAUGAAAUGUUUCAUUCAUUUCAUCUGGCACGUAUUGUUUACUGAAUACGUUAUGUAUACUUAUUUCAUCAGCUGUCGCCGAAUCCUUAUUUGAGGGCGAUAUCCUUCUGUCUCCAUUUGAUCUGAAGUUUGUGGAUACCAGUGAGGAGGGAGAUGUUGACGGAGACCUGGAACCGAGUCGACACAAGAGGAAUGCUGAUCGUAACAGACGGAUUCUCUGGCAUGAUAAGAUAGUGCCUUACAAGUUUGAUCCAGGACUUCCAGGUGAGAACCGCUUAUCCCAAGGUAUUAAACAUCGAAGGAAUAGUGCAUGAUCAAAUUACCUCCUGUGUGAGUGUUUUUCGGUGGUGGUGGUGGUGGUGGUAAGGCCCGUUAUCUCUGGGUUCCUCUUUCAUUGAGGUCUGCGUCCCUUUUGCAUGCCAGCCCCGUACCCCCGGGAGCCCCGAGAAAGCUUGCUCGCAGGAUAGCGUCCCCUACUCUCUUCAAACACGGAGCUGAGUGAUUUAUCGAUUGAUCAUGACAUUCGGGAUUUAAGGGGUUUUGCAUCCAAGGUUGUGAGAGAAGGAGCCGCUAGAAAGUAUAUCCAAAUUAGCCGGAGGGGCCUAAAAAGAUUGAAAAAAAUUGCAUCACCUCAAUUCACACGGCACUGCAAGUGGCACACACGGCAGUCCAGCUUCUGCCCAAACGGAAUGGGAGUGGGAGGGAUUUGAUUUUCCAUCUGGGUAUUUGCCUUUAUACCUUAUCAAAGUACGCCGGACGACGUAAUUUAACAAUUUCAUUUAGAGCAUAUCUGCAUAACCUUGAAAUGACUUAAAUCUUUUUGUGUUUGUUUGUUUUGGUGCAGCUGAUUAUAUAUCCAGCGUCAAGGAAGCUAUUGCAGAGUUUCACAAACAUACCUGUCUAAAGUUUGUUGAGAGAACGAAUCAGCCAAACUGGCUUCUGUUUGUUUUUAAAUCUGGGUAAGUUUUCUACUAUAAAAUCUUGGGUGUGAUCCAUGUUCUGUUGGACGACAGCUGGAAAACUUCGGGCGGAAAGCUUUGCUUACGACUGAUAUACGAGUGUUUUCUCUUUUACUUUGAGUGAAAUGCCUUCUUGAGGGGUUAAUGUUUAUAAAAACUCCAGGCAACCAAUAAGAUGGUUUCUUUUACUCCUGUCUGAAUACACAUUUGCAUAUAGAUUGAACAUAGCCUGGCACCUCUGAUGUACAUAUUUUCACAAUCGCUGAGUAUCAUUCUUGUUUAAUUUGUUUUAUUCAGGUGCUGGUCUAGGGUUGGGAAAAAGUAUUGGAGGUAUGACUACGGGCAAGAGGUUUCGCUGGGCAGCGGUUGCAAUCACAGAGGAACCGUCAUGCAUGAAAUAAUGCACGCAAUUGGCUUCUGGCACGAGCAAUCACGACCAGACAGAAACCUUUAUGUAGAAGUACUCUGGGAGAACAUACUGGACGGUACGCCAAUAUGAUCUCAACAGUAAAUAGAGUUAGAGUGAAGCUUUAGUGUUGGACUGAAUGUAUGUUAUUGACAUGCACUCAAUGGCAGUGACUUUUUAUCUCAGUUGGUUAGAUUAAAGCAUCGCUAAUGAGAUCUCCACGGUUUCCCGUUGAAUUCCGAUGAAGGCCUGAUUUUUUUAUGCAGCGUGCGUAACUGCCAUGAUCCUUAAAAGAGCAAUCAAAAUAAAGUGACGAAAAGCGGAUUCCGAAAGACAAGAGGAGACGAUGUGUAUGCCCGUCGGUUUGCAAAAACCACCUGACUUCUUUGAAAAUUACCGACGAUCGGCCCAUGGUUAACCUGAAAAAAAUCCGGCAUAACACGAUGCCACCACUGGUUUACGCGCGAAAUGACGUCUGAGAAACGAGCGCCGAAAUUCCCUAUUGAUGACACGUCACUUCCCAGAUCUGGAUAGUGCUUCUGAUUGGUCCUGCCGCGUGGGGGAAAUUUGCUUCAACCAAUCAUAAGCUCUACCCAGAUCUAGAUAGUGACGCGUCAUCAGCAUGGAAUUUCUGCGCUCUUUUCUCAGACGUCAUUUCGUGGGGAAAACCAAGAGUGACGUCGCGAAAUGUCAGCUGUUUUCAAGCUAGCCCAUGGUAUCUUAGAACCAUAAAUUGGGGCUGAGUGAAGACAGCGCCCCUAGAAUUGCUAAUGUUGAUGAUGUAAUACGAUAUACAGCUAUUUUGAUAGCUAAAACGUCGUCCGAUUUUAAGGCCUUCAGCCUACAAUACUCGUCACAUUAGCUGGGACAGCAGUGGUAUUGUCUGCCCCCUCAAUGUUGGUUUUUGCGAGAUGGCAUGUCAGAAGCAAAAAAGGCGGGCAACUUUUUGUCGGAAUAUAUGGGUACGGAAAGGGGUGUCCCAACUUAAUGUGACGAGGAUUGUAGGUAACAAGGGCAUGAGGGUGGCUGUAAAUCCUGUGUAAUUUGGUCAUAAUUUCACGGUUGUCAGAUGAGUACCAUGGAAUGGUAUAAACGAUUUAAUGACAGAUGAGUUACUUCAUGGCCUUGUUUGGUAAUAUUAUUUUCUUAAAUUACCCACAUAUUGCUACACAUGCAUUCUCGUCGCGUAGGCUUUCCAACUACGUUAAGAUAGAAGUGAAAGAUCUGUCUUCAUAGUAUUUCUCUACUCCAGGCCAGUCACACAACUUCAACAAAUACGACCGAGGCAGGAUAGACACCCUCCACGUGCCUUACGACUACGACAGUAUUAUGCAUUAUGGUAUGGACAGCUUCUCUAGGAAUGGCAAAGCUACUAUAAGAUCUAUUAAAGACUCCGCAAGAUCACUUGGCCAGAGAAAUGGAUUUACCCAACUGGAUAUCCAGGAAAUCAACUCACUCUACGAAUGCAGCAGUAAGUGGAGUGGUCUGUAAUAAAAGGAAGUAUUGGUUACUAAAAUGGCUUCUACUAACAAACCGAAAACAGUUAGAUCAGUGGUCUGUGAAAGGGUGGCAGAUCGUAUACCAAAACAAAACAAAACAAACUGUAACAGUAAAGUAGAACUAUGUAGAAGAAACAGAAAUGACGCUCUCAAAAACCUAUUUCCUCUAAAGUUUUUUUGGAAACCCUUUUCAUCUCCUGUACCAGCGCGAGGGUUGAGGCGCGCUCAUUCAAAGGGAGGAGCUAAAUGGGAGGAAGCUAAAGCAAAGACGUUUUGAGCGACGCACAUCACCCGGAAGAUGAAUUUUUGCAUUCUCGGACCUUGGUUUUGCCCACAUUUUCGGUCAAAUCCACCAUUUAAGGUUAAACACUAAGCAAUACAAAUUUGUUAGCGUUAAGACAUAUUAAAAGAGAAAAGGGCUUCAAAACGCCACUGAUUAAGUUUUCUUUAUAAUAUUUCAAGCCUCAUGUUAUAGCGCUUGUUUGAGGGAGGGCGCUAAUUCGAGCAUUUGCGGUCUUGUAAUAAUCAGUAUUAUAGCUGCUUGCCGGUAAGAUAGCUUUCUGGGCUCAAAAUAAUAUCGAGGCAUUCGAGAGGUGGGUUCCUGUAAACUUCGUAAGCCACUAUAUGUUAAAUUUCCUCAAUGCAUCUUGCAUCAGAGGCCCUUUUUAGUUCUUCUUUGGUUUGAUUGUUUGAUGGUUUUUGAUGUAACAGGUGCGAAUGGUCCCGGAUGGAGCAGGUGGUCAGACUUUGGACCCUGUGGUGCCAAUUGUAAAAAGUACCGUCAACGUUACUGCACGUCCACAAACAAAGAUGUCCACUGUCCUGGGCACAGUAACGGGAUACAGACAGAAGAACGGGUUUGUCCCCACCAAGAAUGUUACGGUUAGUAGGAGGAAGAGGCGUGCGGGUUUGAAUGGUGGAAAGUGCAAAAGAUACCCAUGGUUCGUACAAUCUUGAAAAGUUCUUGAAUUUUAGUAGUUGUCUUGAAAAGUCCUUGAAUUCGGUUAAGAUCCUUGAAAAGUACUUUUGAUUUCUUUAUUAGGUCUUGAAAAAUCCAUGAAAUUCACUACCUAAAAACAUUUUAAGUGCAUCAGCAAUAUCUUACUUCUGUUUCUUUAUUUUAAAUGCUGUUUCUGUACCUCAGAUGCAUACUCAGUCGUUUUGCAAAGCCUUGUUGCUGAAAGUNAAUUGUAAAAAGUACCGUCAACGUUACUGCACGUCCACAAACAAAGAUGUCCACUGUCCUGGGCACAGUAACGGGAUACAGACAGAAGAACGGGUUUGUCCCCACCAAGAAUGUUACGGUUAGUAGGAGGAAGAGGCGUGCGGGUUUGAAUGGUGGAAAGUGCAAAAGAUACCCAUGGUUCGUACAAUCUUGAAAAGUUCUUGAAUUUUAGUAGUUGUCUUGAAAAGUCCUUGAAUUCGGUUAAGAUCCUUGAAAAGUACUUUUGAUUUCUUUAUUAGGUCUUGAAAAAUCCAUGAAAUUCACUACCUAAAAACAUUUUAAGUGCAUCAGCAAUAUCUUACUUCUGUUUCUUUAUUUUAAAUGCUGUUUCUGUACCUCAGAUGCAUACUCAGUCGUUUUGCAAAGCCUUGUUGCUGAAAGUAGUACAAGAUAAUGUGAUCAAUGACCAUGGCUGAAGAAGAAAAUGACUCCAUGACGUGUUUUAGUCAAUAAAGUGUUCAAAAGGGGGUUAAAGAAUGCCGAUUUAUUGAAUAAAUCUUAGUCCUUGAAAACUGUAAUUUGUCCUUGAAAAAUCCUUGAAAAGUUCUUGAAAUUUGUUGACUGAAGUUGUACGAACCAUGGAUACCUUUAUUGGCGUUAAAUGGGUUUCUCGUUGGACCAUUCGGAGUUGUAGUAGAGAAAUGCAUACAUGUAGGUUACUCGGUCUGUGCUUUAAUUAUUAAAUCAGAAGUAAGAUGCUUUAAGGUUCUUCAUAUUGGGUUUCUUACGGGUGAAACUCUACUGUUUAUUAUAACAUCAAAUACUCAGAAAUCUUAAAUUUAUUUUGGAAACAAUAUAGACCGAACUUUUCAUCGAUUUGUGGACGCAAUAAAUCCAUUUCACUUGAGAGCCGGGAGGGCGGCACCCAAGGCUGAGCCUUUUGCAAAUAAUUCACAAGCUUUUCGCCCAGGCUGCUGAUUUAAAAGCUUCUGUUAUGUCCUUCCCACUUCCAGUAUGUGGGUUUAUUUGCUGUUAAAACAUGCAAUAGAACGUUCGAUCUGUGGUACGAGAAAAGGAAUUAACCUGACUAAGAGAUAAUUGUGAAAUUAAGAGGUGGGACAAAGUUAUCAUCGAAAGUUCCCAACUGACCUCGUAUAAUUAGAGACCAAAAUAUGGCGGUCUAUUUGUUACAAAGUGUGGUCGUCCUGUUUAUCUGUAAUAGAAAUUUUAUGAAUCCUGUCAUUUUUCAUAUUACAUUCCUUCUUCUUGUAGCGCCCGUGGAUGGACACUGGGGCCGCUGGUCAUCAUGGGCCAUAUGUAGCAAGACAUGUGGAAGUGGAACAAAAGUAAGAACGCGCAAAUGCGAUGAUCCACCACCCCUAAAUUCCGGAAAAUCCUGUUCUGGCGAUGAUAAAGAACAAGAGGCUUGUAUAUUGAGAAGGUGUGGCUUGGGUGAGUGAGCAAAACAAAAUUAAGUUGUUUAAAUUGAGAGCGAUUUUGCACUGAAUGUGUAUUUUUUAUUAUGCGGUUCAAUGCGAAUCUACUAAAUGGUCCUUACUAACUUCUUAGUCUUCUUACGGGCUAAGGUACAUGGCAUAAACUUAUCAAAAUAAAAUAAAAAUAAAAGUAAAAUAAAUAAAUAAAAAUAAAAGAGCCGAGUUAUUACUCCUAGUUGCUCUUAAAGUGACCAAAAGAUGGCUCUAUUUACCUGUAGGCGCUGAUGACUGUGACUUUGACUUCGCCGAUGGAAUGUGUCACUGGUCAAAUGACCAAUCCAGCAGUUCAGAUUUUAAGUGGUUAUUAGGGUCUGGAUCGACACCCAGCAGCCUCACGGGGCCUUCCGCUGACCACACAAGUGGUGCAGGUAAAAAAUUAACCACUAAUCUAAUUAAAAGGGCCUGCGUUUUAUGCGAAAACGACGAAAACGGCUGGCUAGUCCUCUUCACAGUUUAAUUAAGAGUUUCCAUUGGUUUACCCGCGAAAUAACCCACGCGGGAUGUUGGGAGAAAUUGAGUUUAGAUGCCGUAGAUGAACCGUAGUUUUUUUCAAAAGGUUGAGUUUGAUCGUCCGAGUGAACGUAGUCCUGAAUAGGACUGUUGUUGUUGACAGUGACUGACGUUUCGACAACCUGUGCGGUAAGUCACAACUCACUUUGACUCUGGAGAUGACUACUACACAGGUUGUCGAAACGUCAGUCACUGUCAACAACAACAGUCCUAUUCAGGACUACGUUCACCCGGACGAUCAAACUCAACCUUUUGAAAUGACUCCUGGGUUCAAACCUUUCACCGUAGUUUUUUUUAUUGCAUUUAUUUUAUAAUGCAUUGUAAAAUUGGAGUCUGCUCAAAACGAUGAAGCAAAAAGAAUAGAUUGUUUGAAACCUCAUAGGGAUAAAGAAAAUGAUAAACCGAACCUUAUACCUAACUCCUGUAAUCCUUAAUCAUGAAAAUGUGACAUAUUAAAUAAAGAAUAUCAUUCUCCCCAGGCAAGUAUCUUUAUGUGGAGGCUUCCAGUCCCGCGCAAGAGGGCGAUAAGGCUAGGUUACUCAGCCAUCAAUUUCCGUCAACUGCUGCUCGGUGCCUGUCCUUUUGGUACCACAUGUAUGGCUCAUCAACUGGAACUCUUAGUGUGUAUGCCCUUGCUAAAGAUUUCAAAAGGACCCUACUUUGGCAAAAGGCUGGUAACCAAGGAAACCAAUGGAUGCAAGCAAAAGUUUCUAUUACGAGUAGCUUAGAUUAUAAGGUAUGGAAGUUGUGUUCUUACCGAUAAUACGUUCUGGGGGAGUUGUGAGCGCGUAAAAAAGAGAGAGCGCUGCAAGCGAAUCAAAAUGAACAAGGACGCUAUUAAUAUCAGCGUUAUGUCUCGCUUGCUUGGAGAUUAGAUGAGAAAUGAGGAGGCGGUUAUUCUAGACGAAACAGGAUUUACUCGCUAAAGGUUUUUCACUUCCUACUUUAUCGACUGUCGAGUAUUCUUCAGGAUGUUUACUUUUUAUAUCGUAUUCGACGAUUUGUUUCUGAUCUGAUUUGGUACGCGUGUUACGUCCGCGGCCGCAGGUUAUACGCGUGUAUAAUUACACGAAAAUUCGAGAGAAAUACAUCGUGAUGAUAACAUGGCACGUCAUUUAAAUCAUCGCCGAAAAUAAACCGCAUGCUCAUCACAAGACUUAUUUGCAUACAAUAAAAGUUUACAACACCCGACCAGUUAGCCUUUGCCAAUUAAGAUUCUUCUUUUUUUUCGACCACUGAAGUGUUCACUUGUUCCAAUUUUAUCAGCUCUUUCAAGCGAUAGAACUCGUGGACCGACCCGUUCCGGAAAAGCUCUAAAUCGCAUUUAUUAAUCUUUCCUAAGCUUUCUUCGCAAAACAUGCGUGGCUUCAGUCACGCAACGAUUCUUAUUCCCAGUUUACACGGUCUCCGCUAUGAACGCCCAGGACCCCAACGCCCUUUUGUGUUGUAAAUACGAAGAAAAACGGCUUUCAGAUCAUGAGUCUCGCUGCUUACGUAAGCAAGACUAAUUACGACUGGAAGAUUGUAAUGAGUACAGGUUGGGUUCAAUAGUAACCAUAAAACAUGCUUUGCGACAAUGUUUCCUUGAAAAUUAGACGGCUUUCUUCAGUCGUACCGCGUACUAACGAAUCGUCUUUGUGUAAACUGUGUGUCUUGUGAGGUAUUCGAACUCGUGUGCUAACCGUGCGUCGCCGAGGCUUGGUCAUGCAGUCGAAACGAAAUAGGCAAUUAAACAACAUUCCUCUUGGCAGAUAACAGAAUAAGUAGUCAUUAUCCGAGUUCCAGUGAGUCUUUUUAUCAAAGCCUAGUAUACAACCAGUUUUAUAAGACUCUUUUCAUUUUUAGACGAAUGGUUGUUCACCUGGCCUCGCUUGAUAAUAAAGCUUAAGUGAACUAGGAUUAUGCUGUUAACACUCUGAGGUCUCAGUUUGGUUGCAAAGUUGCGCUGAUUUUAGUUUAGUGUAUAAUAACGCGUUUAAAUUACCAGUGGGAGACAUCUUCCCGAUCUAUAAAGACUAUGCUGAAAGAAAUAUUUUGGCUUAGAUUGAGAUUGAAGCUAUAAGAGGCCCGAGUUUCCGAGGAGACAUUGGACUUGAUGACAUCAGUUUUACGGACGGACCGUGCAGUAAGUCUCCAUCAUAACUUUACUUUACUUUACGUUAUCUAUCCGUUCGAACGGAGGUGUGGUAGGGCGUUAAUGCUUUCGAUCAGCCACGAGUCUGAGGGCUAUGAAAAAGGGAAUAUUGUCAUAAAAGAUGAAGUUGUGACGAUGGGGAUGUUAUGUGCCCCUAGGCUUCCUUUGAAGCCCUUAAUCCAUGAUUCCAGGUCUUACGUGGACGUCCUCUUGUUUUAUGUGCUGUGUGCUUGCUUUGCCAGCUGGUUGGUAUUCAAACUCGUCAACACCGAACCAUUUCAUUCUCUUUCGAUAUGAUGUUGAACCGUUGCCAAUCCUACCAUUUCUCUGACCUUGCACCGUCUGGUCUUGCUGGCGGCCCUUCUUAAGCUAUAAUUGAUUUUAUGCUAAAUAAUUAAAACCUCGUGAAAGUGCUACUGAAAAGGUUUUAUCUUAGUGCUCACACCAUAGCAAAGAAUAGAACUGUAUGCUAGAUAAAAGUACUGCUGGAGAGGUGUCAUUUGAAUGGUCACAACAUAGGAUUUCGUUCACAGACUCAAGGUUACAACUACAUUAAUUUUAUCCAUACCUAAAGCAAGGAGUAAGAGAGUUAAGAGAUAUUUUAUAAAACAAUUCAAGGGAGUGCAUUGUAGCAUUUCUGUCGUGUUGUGGUGAUAUAGUUUCCCACAUCUUUUAAGUGAUGUAUUGCAUGUAUUUUAACAGUGGAAGAAAUAGGCUGCUAUAAAGAUAACCCCCAAAGCAGAACGUUUCCGCUGGUUGUGAAAAACCUUCGAUCUGAAAUAGAUUGGUAUCACCUGGAAAAAACUGUUCAGAAAUGUGCCUUGCUAUCCAAACAGAGAAACUACAAAGUAAGUCACUUAUAAUGCUAGUGGGCUCUGUCCAAAAUUCAGCUACAUCAGAAAUUAUCAUGAUUAGUUAUUUAAUGGAUUGAGUAGGUAGGCUGAAUAAGAUCGCCGAGAUAAGUGUUUAAUCAUGCAUGAAUAUGAGUGUGAUUGAUAGAAGCACUAUCCGUUAUGAGUUUCGUGGCAGCGCAAAAGCUAUCCAGUAUAACGUGAAAAUAGCCUUAGUGAGUUGAUCGCUUAUUGGCGAGCGAAGGAUUAGUAUCGCUUGUCAGUCCCUGGCCGGAGGUUGACGGGGGAAUGCGCGAAAAUGAAAAUGCACUCCUAAGAAGAAGCACCGGACAAGUCCAGGAGCUCGCUCUUUGUUAAUUUCCCUGGUCACUGGUCUCAUUUUAACCAAAAGCGUAGAUAUUUGGACACAACUCAUUUUGUCAGUGUGUUCGGCCAAAUUGUUCCUUCCGGGUUGAACCAUUGUGAAACGAAUGAAGAAGAACAUUUAUAACGCAACUCUUUUGCUCAUUAUUUUUUAUUCUCGUUCGGUUCCGCAGAUAUUCGCAAUACAGUUUUACGGCGAGUGCUGGAGCGGCGAAACAUCCAAGGUUCAUUAUAAUCGCUUUGGUGCAGUUGAUAAAUCUCAAUGUCCGUUUGGAGUCGGAGGACCGAAUGUUAAUGCUGUUUAUAGGAUCCUUCCAUAG